AUGGCGGCCAAGCCGCACAGGAAGAAGGGGGGUAAGAAGGGAGGGAAGAAGUCGGCCAAGGGGGGGAAGGGAGGGGACGGCAGGCGCAACCCGAAGGCCUUCAUCCACCAGUCCAGCAGAAAGGCGCGGAUACAGCAGUCCAGAAGCUCUGAGAAGGAGCAGAGGAAGCUUCACGCUCCCCUUCUCGACAGAUCAACAGACGAGCCUCCACCUCAAGUGGUUCUUGUGCAAGGCCCGCCUAAGGUCGGGAAGAGCACCUUGAUAAAAUGCUUAGUGCGGCACUACGCACGGCAGACGCCGCCCGUUGUGGGAGGCCCAAUUACGGUGGUGGCCAGCAAGAAGCGGCGGAUCACGUUUGUGGAAUGCCCUCAUGACCUGAACGGCAUGAUUGAUGCUGCUAAGUUUGCGGACCUGGUUCUGCUGCUCAUCGAUGGAAACUUUGGUUUUGAGAUGGAAACAUUUGAAUUUUUGAACAUUCUUCAGGUUCAUGGUUUUCCCAAGGUGAUGGGUGUCCUCACUCACCUGGACGCAUUCCAGAAUGAUGCAAAGAAGCUUCGAAAGACCAAAAAGCAGCUGAAGUCUCGGUUUUCUGCAGAGAUUUAUGAAGGGGCCAAACUGUUCUAUCUCAAUGGAAUACGUUAUGGGAAAUAUCUGCAUCACGAGAUUCGGAACUUGGCACGAUUCAUAUCUGUGAUGAAGCUGCGACCUUUGUCAUGGAGGACAACACAUCCGUAUGUUGUUGUAGACCGAUUUGAGGAUGUGACCCCACAAGAAAAUGUGAACGAGGAUGCGAAGUGUGGCCGUGAUGUCUUAUUAUAUGGAUUUUUGAGGGGCUACAAUCUCCGAAGGGAGGCACGUGUUCAUGUGGCUGGAGUGGGUGAUUUCUCAAUGGAGGAACUCGAUGGAUUGAUUGAUCCCUGUCCUCUGCCGGAUACAAUUAAGAAACGGGGUCUCAAUGAGAAAGAGCGUAUCAUCUAUGCUCCCAUGAAUGACAUUGGUGGAUUUAUGUAUGACAAGGACGCUGUUUACGUUGACAUACCCGAUUGGAAGGUGCAAUACUCAAAGUCGAAUCGAAGUAUUGCAGGGGAGGUAGGCAGCCAAGGACAGGAUCGUGUAGGCGAGGACAUGGUUCGUGUGCUGCAAGGGACGCAGAAGACAGUGGAUGAGAAAUUGAACGAAUCACGGGUGCAAGUAUUCAAGGGUGGCAGUGGUUUGAGCGGAGAGAUCGAGACCAGUGGGAAGCUCCACUUUGUGAAUGGCGAUAAUCGAAACAUAGAACAAGGAAAGGACGAGAGCGAUUUGUCAGAAGAAGGUGGAGAAGGAUCUGAAGUGUCCAGCAGCAGUGGGGAUGAUGGCACCGAUGGGAAGCAGCCCUCUGACAAAGAAUUCUUGUCUGAUGAUGAAGCGGACAGCAGCGACGAUGAUUCAGGAUUAGAUGGGGCUGCUGAGGCCUCUGGUUCACAGCAGUUUUGUCUAGUGAAAGACUCUGGACGUGUGAGAAGAAAGGUGGUGUUUGCCAACAAUGGAAGGGAUGCUGAGCAGGAUUGUGGCACCCAAUCGAAUGAAGAUGAUGAGACGUCAAGUUCCGAUGCCAGUGAAGGUGUGCCAUUCUGUUUGAUGCUGGUCUCUAGAAUCCUGUCUUUCAGUUCUAGCCACAAAAUGGCCUUGAAUUCAAUCGUCUGUUUUGAAGCUGGAUAA